AUGCUCAACGACAAUCAGCAGCACCAGACUGAUGGGAAUCGCGAAGAGCAUCAGAGUAAGGAGGAGGAGGAGGAGCAGGGGGAAGAGGACAAGCAGAGGAGACCAGACCAGCAUGAGACUGAGAAGCUGCUGGCCACAGAAGAAGAGAAGGCUGGCACAGCGCCGCCUAAACAGGAGCAGCAGCCGCCACAGCAGGGGGGUGCGGUGGACGGCGGGCAGCCGCCGGCUCCAGAUGGGGGCUGGGGAUGGGUCGUGGCCGCCUCAGUUGCCUUCUGCUGUGUGGUGAUGCUGUCGGCUGCGAUGUCGUUCCCCUUCGUCUUCGCAGACUAUCUGGAGCAGAUCGGUCACGGCACGGAGGCCAUGACUACUCUCACCAGUAUAUGCAUGUCCAUUUCCUCAUUCUCCGGUCUCCUGUGCAAUCAGCUGUUCCGGCGAUUCUCCUGCAGACAGAUCGGUUUGGUCGGAGCUGCGUUUUACGUCCUCGCUCAGGGACCGGUGGCGUUUGCUACGUCCUUCGUUCACUUCGUCCUGUCUUCGAUUAGCGCUGGUAUUGGCCUGGGGCUGGUGAUGCCCGCGGCCUUCACGUGCUUCAACAGCUACUUCGAGCGCAGGAGGACGUUCGCCAUGGGCCUGGUGCAGCUGGCGGUCGGUCUGGGCACGGUCGGCAUCCCGUUCAUGGCUCAGCAGUUGGUCGCCGCCAUAGGCUUCAGGACCACGCAGGGUGUGCUGUGCGCCAUCAGCGCCUUGCUGUUUCCUGGAAUUGCAGUGAUGAGGCCGAUUAAACACGCGGAAAAGCGUGACGACCGCGGAAGCAAGCUAAACCCCGUGUCACAAAACAGUAAAACAGUGGAAACUUUCGCAGAAAAGGAGACCGAUACCAAAAAUGGCCCGGCGGUAGAUUACGCGGACGGGAAUAUCAUUAACGCACAGAAGAUGAAACCUGAAAAUCAUAGUAGCCCAGAUGUGUUGGGCAACGAUGUCAAAUCAUUAGAAAAAGGAAAGCAAGAUCUUGUGGAAAAGGAAACAAACUUUACGGACGAGAACAGCGGCAGCAAGAGGGUUCAGCGCAAGGACGCCAGAUGGCAGCCACGAGUCUCCGUCACCAGUGUGUCCAGCCUGCCCUUCCCAGACGCUGUGGUCACCACGCCCAAGAAAGCGUCUAAAAGCUGGUGGCUGACGGUAGUGGACCUGUUCGAUCUGAGACUGCUGCAAGACCUGCGCUGCGCCAACAUCCUGGUGGGCACGGCGCUGUCGCUGUUCAUCGACCUGGUGUUCUUCACGCUGCUACCGCUCUACCUGUUCCACAAGGAGUUCUCGCGACAGGACUCGGCGCUGUGCAUGUCCGUAAUGGGCAUGGCCGACCUGGCAGGCCGCUUCAGCCUGGCCGUGAUCGGCGCCUGCUGUUCCCCCAGCAACAGGCUCAUCUUCCUCUGCAGCGCCACCGCCUCUGUCCUCCUGCGAACGUCGUACAUCUUCGUCAGUAACUUCACUGCCGUGGUCGUGCUGUCGGCGCUGCUGGGGUUCUGCAAGUGCUUCAUGCUGGCAGUCAGUCCGCUGGUCAUCGCAGACGCCUGCGCUCCAGAGAGGUUCCCUGCCGCCUUUGGACUUCAGACUGUCUUGGGCGGCGUCUUGAACAUGGCGUUCGGACCUGCUAUUGGAAAACUGAGAGAUGUCACCGGCAGCUACGCCGCGUGUUUCCUCGCGCUCAUGGUCCUCGGCCUGCUGUGUGUAGUGCCGUGGACGAUAGAGAUGGUGGUCACUGCACUCAGAAAUCGAAAGAAGCCGCUCGCUUAACGCCACAUUUAUUGAAGCUUGUGAGCAGAACAACACAGAAAAGUGUGUCACGAAGCGGAGAUCUUUCGUUACCGCUGGUGUAAUGGUUUUAUCCCUUAUCCUCCAGCCUCAGCAGAUUAUGUACUGUGAAUAAG